CAAUAACUCAGCUCUAUGUUUAUAUUUUUCAAUAGUAUAAAAAUUUAAUAAAUAAAAUUCCUACAUACCUACUGUAAAUCAAAUCAAAGAGACUUAUUUUAAGUUAGUGCAUGUGUGAUGUUGUGAUGUUAUAAGAAUUAUAUUGUUUAUCAAAGUUCUCAUUUCCAUAUAUCACAGUUUAAAUUCAUGUGUCAAACGGAGAUUUCUCAUUUAGUCGCGUCUAUAUGUUUUGCGGGGUAGACAGAGCCAACAGUCUUGAAGAGACCGAUAGACCACGUUCAACUGUUUAGCUUUAUGAUAGAAAUGAGAUUCAAAUAGACAUGCUAGCCUACAAAAUUUUGCAUGCCUGGAGGGCUACUACUAAUACAUCGAACUGCUUUCUUGUUCAUAAUUUAUUAUGGAUACAUCUACAAGUUUACUGGUUUCUACGUCGCAAAAAUUUAAAUAUUCAAAGGAAAUAAUUUGUGCUUUGGAUGCAAUAUUUGUUUACCCAAAAUUGGUAAUAAUUGAAGACAAUCGUACUAUAAGAAUUUUGGAUUUAAUUGAUAUACGUGAUAAGGACGUUGAUGCAAUUAGAAAUAAACCAUAUGAUUUCGAUAAUGACAUAUUGGACAGUACUUUAUCACAAAAUAAUAUCUGGGUGAUUUUAAAAACUGGUGAAAUUUUCGUUAUUGACCUAAACUGCGGGUCAUGCAUAAAAGUAUUUAUAGAAAACCACCAAAAUCUAAAAUUUCAUCAAAUUGAAAGUGACGGAAGUAAUAUAUUUCUUGUGAAUGAAGAUGGAGAGUGUUUUUCGGUUUCCUUAAUUACUGAAGACUUUAAUGAAAAUCCAGAUAAUUCUAUUGAAACGUAUAAAAUUAGUGUCAAGAGAUCAAAUUUUCGUCGAACUACAUUAGAGGCUCUCAGGCAAAAACCCUCUAUUUAUGGACUGGAUUUAUAUCUAUCAGGAUCUGAUAUAUUAUUGAGGUGCCCUAUGACUGGACUGGAAAGAAUUUUGCCUACGAAUAAGUUUUUUGAACAUGUUGUGCCAUGGGGUAAUACUGCAGUGCUAGUGGACAAGUCAGGCAUGUACAUUAUAGACUUGGAAGAUGCUGGAAUUUUGUAUGAAUUUGGAAAAAAUGAAGGUUAUUAUUACCCUGUGGGCAGUUAUGAAAAUAUUUUUUAUUACAUAUUAUGGGAUGAUAAAGAGGUUUAUCUGUGUACUGCUUGGAAUUCCACAACAGAACCAUUUGAAAGUUUUCAUAACACAAGCUGCCUUAAUAGCACCACUUCGAGACUAUCAUCUGAGGAGGCCCUUAAACAACAAUUGCAAAAUUUAAUUGAAGUUACUACUUUAGAUGUAAAACCUAAUGAGGUAAUAGCUCAAGUUGGACCACUUUUUGAGAAAAUAAAAGAUUUCCACUUUUUGUUAAAGUAUGCCAAAAAACUUUGUCAAAUCAAUAUUGCUUUUAAGUUGCUUUUAUAUCCACUUCAAGUACAAAUUUACUCAGCAGGAGAUCAAGAUCUUAUUUACCAAAUAAGUGAUCUCAUUAUAAAAGUAGAUCUCUUAGAAUACAUUAAAUUCAGAGGUAAUAGCUAUUAUGAAGACACUAAUUUGUAUGAACAAACCUUUAGAGAACUUUGUAUUUUGUUUAUAAAGAAAUCAGACUUAGAUUUAGCAUCAAUCUGUUGGUUGAAAUAUACUGAAAUGAAACUUGCUCUUACACAUAAUGAUAUAAUAGAUAUUAUAGAUUCUAUACCCCAUAACAUUAAAUUAGGUGCACUUAUAAUUUGGUUAAAAAAUUUUGUUCCAUCACUUUUAGAUAACAACCCGUUUUUUAUUGAUUUGUUUGUUAAGUGGACUAUGAUAAGAGUUUUUGAAUUAGAAAAGUCUGGAUAUUGGCCUAAAAUAGGAUUAAAAUUUAUAGAAGAAAUUACAAAUGUUUUGGAGUCUUCAUUAAAGACAGUGACCAUUAGACCUAUUUCUAUGGAUGAUCUUGAUAUCCUAAAAGAUCAUAUCAAUCAUAUCAUAGAAUUGAAAGAAAAAUAUAGAAUUAACAUGCUGUUAGCUGAAUUAAGUUCCCUAAGCCCUAAUGAGGUGGCACUUAUAAUGCUGCACAGGUGUUACACUGAAGACAUGGAAUUAUUUCUUCAGAACUAUUUGCCCCCGUAUACAUCAAGACAUUUCAUUGAUAUGGAUGAUACUCUACGUACAUUUAUAGAAAGUGAGGCUGCUUCUAGUGGUGGAGGUGUUGAUGGCACCAGAUUGAAAAUAUUGUUAAACUCUUUUCGUUCAACCACCACAAGACUUGACUGUCUUCUCAAAGUUCUAAAGGUUCUUGAUGUUCCAUGGAGUGACACUGUUGUGGAUUUGGCAGUAGUUGCUGCUGCUUCAGCUACCAAAGAUUUUACAAUGUCUGAAGCAGACUGUACUUUAGCUCAAGAAAUACAAAUAGAAUUGAAGUAUGCUAAUGUUAAAGUAGUUCUGAAAAAGUACAAUUUUCCUCUUUCAUGUACCGAUUAUAUGAUUGUUCUUCAUAAAAUAGUAAGUGCACAAGUUGUCAACUUGCAAGAUCUUAGAAUAAUUAUAAAUGUUAUGACAUUAUCUAAAAAUUAUGGUCAUGUUUUAUACAUUGUAAGAUGUCUUCAAGAUAAUGACACUACAAUUGCUUUGGAUUAUUUUAAUACCUUGGAAAAUAACGAAAAGAAACUUCUACUGAAAGCCAUGAUGUCAAAAUAUGAACAAGUAAUAAGUUUAAAUUUAUUAGAUAAUGUGAAAAUUGAGAGAAAUUAUUUAGAUUUUUUAAAAGGAACUAAAAUGUUAAAUAUUGUUCAGAUCAGUGAUCUAGAAAAUAUAUAUCAUCUUAAAAAUUCUUACAACAUCACAUUAUGUAUAAAUACCAUAUAUAAGGAAGAUGUUUGCAAUAAUGAAUGUACUGCAUGGAAUCCUAGAGAUGGAUAUUCAACCAGCACUGUGACUAGACUCACACAAACAAAUAAACCCAGUCAUUUCACACUCCUAUCUCUCUUACGUCGCUCAUCCACAAGUCAUACAGUACGAAAUUUAAUUGAAAAUCUUAUAACCCAUUUUACACUUGAAGGUUAUUCAAAUACUGGCGAGUUUGUUUUAUCUAUUUUCAAAGAUGGCGAAAAUUCUUCAUUGCUAUUAAAUUCCAUUGAUAUCUUAGUUGAGCUUGCCAGCAAUUGUGCUGAAGAGCACCUACAUUAUUUGGUUAAUAUUUUAUGUGUAAUGAAUGCAUUACAGAAUGCAAAUAUUAUUCUUAAAAAUUUGUCAGUAGUGUGGAAGUUUCACUAUAUUUUCCUACCUAUGUCAUCACAUAUGGGAAUCAAUAAUUUAAUUGAUUUUUAUGCAAACUUUUCGCACCGAAGCAUAUGUUUAUCAUCUUUGUACACAGAAAGAUGCGAUUUCACACCAUUUAAUAUAAUUGCAAGUAUAUUGGGUAUUUAUACUCAGACAAAUAAUGUGACAAAUAUGGAUUUUAUAAUGAUAAAAAAUAAAAUUGUAAAAAAACUUUUACAUAAACUUGUUUGUUCACAAGAAAUUGAUGAACUUUUAUUAACAGCAUUACUUAUAAUUUUAAGUAAAUGUGAAGCAAACGAUGACAGUUACUGGCUUUUAGAGAUUCUGCAGGGCCAAACUGAUUCUUUGUCCCCUGCAAUUAUGACAUAUCUCACAUGCCCACUAAUAAGACGUACCUUUGCUCUGGAUAAUAUUGCUCCUACGAACAAAAUGCCUUAUCGUCCUCAGUACAUUCUCAAAUCUAAAUUUAAUAUUAAUUUAGCAGAAGUCGUUCUCCCUGACAGUAGUGAAGAAACAUGGGAUGUUAAAGUUAUUGCAUUUUAUGUUUUAAGACAAUAUCCUAAUACUUCUUUCGAAAGACUCGUAGAAUUAUGUCGUGCUUUAGAUGUUUCAUUAAAUGACGGAUUGUCUUUGCAACUAAUAUCAAUAUUGACAUCAUGGGAGUUAAAAUAUAAAGUAAUGCAUGAUGAACUUAACUGUCAACAAAUUUAUUAUGAAAAUGAUGAAAAAGAAAUAACUGAAAAAUGUUUGGUUAUUUGGAAUAACAUAAGUAAUAAGGAAUUCUUGAAAGAUAUUUUAACAGACUUUUGGAGAAAUGGAGAAGUAACACUGCAUGGCAGAAUGAUUUCCGUAAACCCGUAUUUUUAUGAAGUUUAUUUAUGCAUUUAUCGGUUACUAUUUGGAUCGUCAGUGGAACUGAGAAAUAAGAAGGAAUACUUUUUACUAAAUUUUCUCAAAACUUAUAGAAGAAGCAGUACCCCAAAGCAAUAUGAAUAUGAACUAUUUUCUGUUAAAGGUAUGUUUCCAGAAAUCGGUAACUAUCGACUUCCAUUUCAACUGUUCAUGCGGGAAGACAUGUGGUCUAAUUUGAAAUCAGAAAUUACUCUCGAAACUUAUGAACGGUGGUUGCUUGUGGUUGCGCUGCUCGCGCUGGACCCUGAUUUACAAACCUCACGAGAUAUGAUUUGCAGCAAUGCUUUAAAACAAACUAUGACAGCGAGGAAACGAUCAGACAGUCUCGAUUCCGCUGGUAAAGAAACUGAGCCAUGGCGAUUGACAACUCGUGAGGAACCCUUACUACGGGCCGCCCAUCGAUGUGUUAAGCACAUCGCUAACAUGGAAUGGGCAGGCGCAUGUUUGUUUUAUGUUUUACAAGGAUGCGCAAGAGGAGCCGAUCAAGUAGCUGCAGCUCAAUUGUGUUACCAAUUUGCUCAACGUUGGGCUGCUCUUCAACCAGGAAAUCGAGCUGUGAAACAAAUGGAAAGACUUCAUGCUACUUUAUCUACACGCCACGCUUUACAUAAAAUUGAUUGGGCUUGUGAAGAAUUUGUUCGUCUUUCUACAGAGCCAGCUCAACUGAUUCGUGCAAUGUAUCUACAUCCCGAAUUUGUAGAAAAAAUGAAUCGCCAUGAUGUUAAUCGUGCUGCAAAUGAAAUAGCUGACAAAAAUGCCAUCAAUAUAAGUUCUAUACGAAUUCAAAUAUUAGAGAAUCUUCUGGACAAGACACAAGAAAAGAAGUCUAAAACUUUCUUGGGUUUGGAUACUAAAGAAUUAAUGACAGCAAAGUACAUAUUAAAGGCAACUUGUCCUAAAAUGGGCGCCAUCUAUUUAUCUCGAAUAGCUUUUGAUGAUGAAAGUGAUCACAAUAAACGUAAAAAAUUAAGAGCUCUGCAAUGUUUGAUGAGUGUUGUAGAUUCCGAUACUGCAGUGAAAGUUACCAAUAAAGAGCGAGGAGAAUGGUGGACUUCUCUUUUAGAGUUAAUAUGCAUUGUCAAUUUAGAAAACAUUGAUAUGCCAUGGGUAGUGGCUACUUUCGUUCUAGAUAAAAUGGGAGCUCUUGAACAAUUACUGCAAUCAGUGGGUACAAAUGUAGAUGGUCUUAAAAUAGCAGCAGAACUUGCCCGCAGAUAUGGAAACACAAAGAUAAUUUGUAAACUUAUUUCGCUUUUACUACAUGCAGGUUUAUAUGAGGAAAUAAUUCCAUUGCUCCUUAAAGUGUCAUCCCCUCCAAAUGAUAUAUUAUGUACUGCAUGGCGUGCAAUUCUGUUAUCCCCAUUUCAACAUGCAGACCAUCCAAUUACAGAAAAACAAAGAGCAAAAUGUCUUAAUGUUAUCAAUUUAUUGCCAAUAUGCCCUGUAAUUAAAGAUGAAGACUUAAAAGAGAUAUGGAAGCACUGUGUGCGUUGUAAAUGUUUUGGUAUGGGUUGCCUCGUAUUACCUUAUAUGACUUCGGAAAUGAGGCAAUCAUUAAUAGAAUUACAAAAAAUAGAUAAAAGAAAUCUAAUAGCCAGUUUAAAAAAUUUACAAUCUGAAACAUAUCUUAUUUCAGGAGCUAUGUUUGUUUUGGAGAAUUUACCUACUAAAAGUUACAGGUGAAGAGUUAACUGAGGUCUUAAAUUAACAUUCCUAGCUGUCCUGUUAUUAUAAAGACACUAGAUUUUGCGCGGAGCUUCGCCCCUUGGGAAUUUUCAGAAAAAAAGGAGUUAUGUUAUUCCUUAAGGUUUAUUAUCUGUGCCAAAUUCUGUAAAAAACGUCCCCGAAUUAAGUACAAACUAGUGUAGUAGUUAAUGGUAUGUAUUAUACCUAUAAGCUUGUGUUUCAAACAAAGAUACAGGUGUUAAACAGAUUAAAUCUUCUUUGAUAAAAUAAAUGAAUAAUAUGAUUUUCUCCAUUCUCUAUAAAUGUCCAUUUGCCAUUAAUAUUAUUCGAAACAAAA